AUCAAUCACUAUUGUCAAUUGUCAUGUAAGGAUCAUAAAUGUCAAAAUCGACUCAUGUGGAGGUUAUGUUGUGUUUUGCAAAUUUUGUUAAUUUAUUUAAGUAAGAUAUAAUUCAAUGAUUAACAUGAAAGUUACACUAAUAUUACACUUCUUGUGAUGUACAUGCCAAAUAAACCUACCUUAAACUUUAUAACCUUCAAAGUUUGUGACAUAACCUUUUUGUUAAUUGGAAACCAAUUCAAUCGAUUGUUUCAUGAAUUAAGUCUAUUGACUUAUUACAGGAAAAAUGUACAAAAGUUUUCUAUUUAGAAGGUUACCAUUAAAUUUAAUUAAACAUGAAUUUGUUUCUCAAGCAUAUAUAAUCAAAAAGGCUCCUCUGAAUAAUAGUCACCAAUGGGCUAGACAGCUUUCGAUAUCGUACGUUUGCUGCAAGAAAAGGAGAUCACCUGAAGAGAAGGAAGCAGAGAGUCAAGGUAGACAGUCAAUCAGGUAUUCACCAAAAAGUGCUGAAGUUGUUGGCAUAUGGAGGAAUAUGACUGUCCAAGAAAUCGCUAAUGUACUCAAUAAGGAUGUGGAUCAUGUAUUGAAAGCUCUAGACUUUGCUGACAAGAAUUCAGAUGUUGUUUAUACUGAGAAAACUGUGAUCCACAACCCACAGAUAAUCAGAGAUGUUGUCAAGAUAUCUGGCUGCAGAUUCAAGAUUGUGGCUAAACCUGAACAGGAUUUGGGUGAAGAAGAGAACAAAGACGCAGUACCAGCGCCGCCGGCUCCUCCCGAGGCGCUCCGGCCACGCCCACCCGUGGUCUGCGUCAUGGGACACGUUGACCAUGGCAAGACAACACUGCUGGAUGCUCUCAGGGACACGUCGGUUGUCGAUCAGGAGUUUGGCGGGAUUACACAGCAUAUAGGAGCUUUUGAAGUUCAACUAGCAUCAGGCGAGAAGGUGACAUUCCUAGACACCCCGGGGCACGCCGCGUUCACGGCGAUGCGGUCCCGCGGUGCGCACGCUACUGACAUCGUCGUACUUGUGGUGGCCGCCGAUGACGGGGUUAUGGAGCAAACUGUUGAGUCUAUCCGGAUGGCGAGGGAGGCUGACGUACCAAUACUGGUGGCGAUCAACAAAAUCGACAAGCCAGGUGUGAACAUUGAACGCACAAUGCGCACCUUAGCCACACAAGGAAUAAUUUGCGAAGCGUUGGGAGGUGACAUCCAAGCUAUACCGGUGUCAGCGCUUAAGAAACAGAACCUGGACACGCUGGUCGAAGCACUAACACUACAAGCCCAGCUCAUGGAACUGAAGGCAGACCCUGGCGGGUACGUCGAAGGUGUGGUCAUUGAAGCUCAGCUGGACCCGAGGACUGGGAAACAAGCAACAGUAUUAGUACAACGAGGCACAUUGCGACGAGGGAGCAUCAUUGUAGCAGGCACGGGGUGGGCUAAGGUACGAGUAUUGAAUUCAGCGGAAGGUAGAGUGGUACAAGAAGCGCCUCCUUCGACGCCCGUGUCUGUACUCGGCUGGAGGGAACUGCCCUCCGCUGGGGAUCAAGUUCUAGAAGUCAGCUCAGAGAAACGCGCUUCGGAAGUGAUGCGCUGGCGUCAGGCGCAGCGCAUGAAGGAGAAGCAGGCGGCCGACGUGGAGGCCAUCGCCGCGAAGGACGCGCAGCACCAGCAGGCCUACGCCGCCAGACUCGCGCGCAAGCGGGCGCUCGGACGGUACAAGCUGCGCGCUGAAGGCCCACGGGAGAAGAUGAUACAGGAAGACACGCAUCCCACCCUCACUGUCAUCGUCAAAGGUGAUGUGGAUGGUUCAGUGGAAGCAAUCCUGGAUAUCCUGGAAACGUACGACGAACACGAAAGGGUGAAACUCGACCUGGUGCAUUUCGGAGUUGGACCUGUCACACCUAAUGAUUUGGAGACAGCAGAAAUAUUCAAAGCUGUGAUAUAUGCAUUCAACGUGGACUGCCCGCCGGCUUUGUCGGUGGAGGCCAAGAAAAAGAAUAUUCCAAUCAAAUUGCACAAUAUCAUAUACCGACUGGUAGAUGAUGUCAAGGAGGAUAUCAGCGCGAGGAUACCUAAGAAAUUGGAAGAAGAGUUUGUUGGCGAAGCGAACGUAUUACAGCAGUUUCUUGUGACGGAGAAUAAGAAGAAGGUCCCCGUAGCGGGGUGCCGGUGCGUGAAGGGGUCCCUCGCGAAGAACGCGUUGUACCGGGUCAUCAGAGGACAGGAGGUCGUUUUUGAAGGUAAACUUGCAUCAAUGAAACACUUAAAGGAUGAAGUUCCAACAAUAAAACGUGAUAUGGAAUGCGGACUUCGUUUCGAAGAACCAUUCGACGUUCAACCUGGAGACACAGUCGUUUGUUACAAAAUGGUCGACGCGGCCGACACUACCUCGUGGGAUCCCGGCUUCUAGUUACCAAAUUU